AUGGCAAAUAAAUUAGUUGCAAGGAAAAAAAUAGCUACCCAUAUUGCUCGGGAAAAUAAUCUUGUAAAAAAUAAAAGAUCUGUGAAAAAGGUGGUGGUCCUUGUGAUAAUCAUUUGUAUGCUAAUAGCUGCUACAAUUUUGUUAAUUCUUCAUUUUACUUUAAAUGGGAAUAGUGGGUAUCCUAUUGAUAUAGGGGUUUAUACAUAUGAAAUAUUAAAUAAAUAUGAGCAUGUUCAUGAUCCAACAGUUGGACAGCAAGCAAAUGUGGAUUCAAUAGUUCAUCAAAGAUAUACAACCAAUCAUCCUUUUACUCAAGGCUUAUUAUAUAUAGAUGGUAAUACAUUAAUUGAAUCAUCAGGAUUAUAUGCAGUUAGCUAUUUAAGAAGAUUUAAUCUAAAAACAGGUUCAACAGAGCGUUUUUAUAAUAUAACAAAUAAUUAUUUUGCAGAAGGUAUAGCAAUAGUUAUUGAACCUGAAACAUAUAGAAAAUUUAUAUUUGUAUUGACAUAUAAAGAAAACACUAUAUUAGUAUUUGAUUAUAAUACAUUUGAAUUAUAUAACACAUUUGAACAUGAGUUAGUUGGAUAUGGACUGACUUCAAAUUUAGAUCCUAUUCAUUCUAUUCAAGAUUUAAGAAAUGGUAAAUUUGCAAAUUAUCAAAAAUUAUGGGCAACAUCAGGAAAUGAAUUUUUAUAUGAAUUAGAGAUUCCAAAUAAUUUUAAAAAAGUAAAUAAAAUAAAUAUAAUUAACAAAAAAAAAGUUACAUGUGCUGGAUUUACUAUGAAGCAUGUUAAUGAAUUGGAAUACCAUUUACAAGAAAAAACAAUUUAUGCUAACAUAUUUAUGACAAAUUUAAUAAUCGAAAUUGAUAUAUCUAAAGGAUCAUGUCUUAAAAUAAUUAAUCUUACUGGAUUAAUUGAUCAUAACACAAAUAAGGAAGCCGUUGGAAGAAGUAGGGAAUCCUUCUUAAACGGAAUUGCAAUAAAUCCAGUAAAUAGUAAGGAGGGUAUUCCCAAUUUACUAGUAACUGGGAAGUUUUGGCCAAAUUUAUUUGAAAUAAAACUUGUAAAAAAUAAUGGAUUGAAUGCGCAUAAUUUAUUGGUUGAAUAUUUUAAAGCAAUUAGGCAUCACCAUUAG